CAGCACUCAAUUCACAUACGCUCGUUCUCUCACACGCACAAACAUACAUACUGUACACUCGCACACAUGCACCCACACUGAUUAGAUAACGACUGGAGAGCAAACAGACGAGGUUUUAAAGCUCAACAAUAAGGCGCGGCGUGGAGCACCUCUGAACCUCGCAGGGGGCUCGCGGUGGCCAUGGAUCAUAUAGGAGCGCACCUCCAGCACACGCACGUGGAACCCAUCAGCUUUGGGAUCGACCAAAUCCUCAACAAUGUGGACCAGAGCUGCAUGCUCGGGGCGAGAAUGCUCGAGCUGGACUACGGACACAGCUGCAUUGGUAGCACAGGCUACAACAACAUGACCAGCAAUUUUGCAUGCAAUAACUCCGGAUAUAAUGGCAAUGCGUGUGGGGUGACAUCUAAUAGCGGCUCCUAUAACAUGAACAUGGGAAUGAACGUAAAUGGUAAUAACGUCAACGCGGCAGGAGUCAUCCGUGUGCCAGCGCACCGGCCGUUGGGGAACGGCAUCUCGUCCAUCCCAAAUGGCAUGCCCACAGUAUCAGGCGCCAUGAACAACCUGACAGGACUGACGUUCCCAUGGAUGGAGAGCAACAGAAGAUACACCAAAGACAGGUUCACAGUGGCGCUUUCACCCCUCACUGUAACACGCCGUGUAGGUCACCCUUACCAGAACCGGACACCCCCGAAGAAAAAAAAGCCACGGACAUCGUUUACACGUCUGCAGAUCUGCGAGCUGGAGAAGCGCUUUCAUCGACAGAAAUACCUGGCAUCCGCAGAACGGGCGGCUCUUGCCAAGUCCCUCAAGAUGACAGACGCGCAAGUCAAAACAUGGUUCCAGAACAGAAGAACGAAAUGGAGGAGGCAGACGGCAGAGGAGAGGGAAGCGGAGAGACAACAGGCUAACCGGAUUCUCAUGCAACUACAACAGGAGGCCUUUCAGAAAACUAUAAACCAGCCAGUGAACCCAGACCCUCUCUGUCUCCACAACAGUUCACUUUUCGCGCUUCAGAAUCUCCAACCGUGGACUGAGAACACUGCAAAAAUGAGUAGUGUUUCUACGUGCGAGUAGAGGGGAAAACGACUUCCUUUAUCAUUGAAGUCAUCGAUAAAUGUAAAAUAAUUCAGGACCACAGACACUUGAAAAGUAUAGGCCUUUUGUGACUGACAAAGACCAGCAUGACGGGAGUUAUAUAAAUUGGCACAUAAAUUGUCUCGGUAAAACACUCUUGUCAGUGACCGAAAAAUAGAGGUGUUCUUUGUAACGAGUCAUUUUUUUAAACAAACAUCCUAUAGGAUCGAGUAGUCAUUUGUCAGUGCAGUUUAUUUAUUUUUUGUGCUUUUUUUGCUUCAAACCAUAGGCUAUCACCAAUUUUGUAAUCAUUUGAUUUGUUGUGGUGUUGAAAAGAGCACUGAUCACUUCAGUUUGCACCUUUGAAGCAUCAUUCUGCUUGUUAUUCAUUAUAGGCUAAUGAUUACAGUUUUUGGGGAGGUGCUUGGAGACAUCAGUGUAAUUUUACAUUAGGCUAACAUCAAUGUCUCUGUACAUUUUUGGUAAAAUAUUAAGGUAAUAUAUUAAAAUAUAUAUAAAAUGUAGCCUAUAUGCAUUUUACUGACUUCACAUUCUAGUGAUAGAGCAAGAAUAUUUUUACAAUAUUUGGAGAUGGUGAGUGAGAGCACAUUGGUGAAUAAUGUGUUAAUACAUGAUAGUAUACUAAACCCAAUUGGUUAUUAAUAUCUCAGAUCUUUUUAUUAAUUGUUUUGCAAACUGUAAGUGUCCAUUGCUUGACAAAAUGAAAUAAUUAAUUUCUUGUAGUUUCUUUAAACAAAUACCAGCUGAAAUGUUUGUUUCAUUAAUUUGUAGACCUACAAAGAUUUACCUUAACUUUUUUAUUACAGUAUGUCCAGCCCUUUCAUAUCCCCUUAUAUACCUCUAAACAAUCAACUUAAAAAGAGGUGUUCAACAUUUUGUUUGCAGAAGUGGGAUACACUGGCGUAGGGCUAUAUUGUGUUCAUGGGGUUCUCCCUUAGCGGAACAGUUACCAUCCAAAUGCUAUCUGCUUAGUAUUAUUCAGUACUAGACUACCAGAAUAAUAAGUGUCUUGAGAAAUGACGGACAUUUGUGGUUGUAUGAUAAAUGAGUCCUUGCUUGAAUUAUGAAAAAAUUCAGUUGAAUGUUUGGGUUGUGAUAGUUUGAGCUACACGCAAUUGUAGUGAGUAUGUGUGUAAUGCUGAUUGCACACAGCUGUACAGUGUGUGUGAGCUAGUCCAGUGCCUCUCUCUCCCCAAAAAGGAAUGCAAAGGGUAGAAUUUCAUCAUCCACUCUGAAAUUUCAGCACUGUGUCACAUUGCUGGCUUUCCCAAAUCUCCUGAAAUUCCUUUGCAGAGCAGAGAAAAGGGGUCCAAGUGGCUGUAAGUGCAGCAGAGUGGAAAAACACACCAACCUUUGCAAUGUAAAACUCUGUGGAUUCAACUAGUCCACCUGAAAUAUGUCAUUAUCAUAGAUGUUUUCAUUAUCAAUAUUUACAGUUAUUUAUAGUAGUCAUAUUUACAGUUUUCUAAACACAUUUAGUUUAUUUAAGAAUUCUAUCAGCACAAGAAACAAUAUCAAGACAUGUUUUGUUCAAUUAAACAAGUCAUGUAUUAAGUUUGCGUAAUCUGCAAAAUGUUUAGGCCUUUGUGUUUCAUUGCAAAAUGCAUUUCCUAUUAUGUAUAAUUUCCACAUACAUAGAGAGCAUUUUCGUCUACAAUAAAAUUUCGUUUGACCUUUAAACAGAUGUUUCUCAAAUAAAGCUAUCCAUUAGAGAACUUUUAGCUACAGUUUGUAUGCAUCUGUUUGAGUUUUGCAAUUUGGCAAUGUUUUAUUUCUAUUAUACAGAAAACAAUAAAUACUGGCCUACUGGUCUAUAUGGGAAGGUCCUAAAAACUAUUUUAUUGGGAAUGAUGUGCUCAUUGUGAGAAACAAGUUAUGGGAUAGAUACUAAUGAAUCGUCAUUAUGAACAGUCAUUACAACAAAUGUAUUCUUGCACUAUACCCUCUACUCCUGUGUCUACGCUAUAACUUCAUGCAUUUAUUCAACAGAGUAACCGAGUUUGAGCAUCAUUAAUUGAAAGCAUUACUUAAAUUUCAUCCUGAUUUACAAUAUAUCAAAUUGUAUGAUGCAAUUUUCUUUUUAAAUCCUCAAGCUUAAUUCUUUACUUAUCAUUUGGGAUCGUUAUUUUUUUUAAGGUAUUGAGUCAGUAGUACAAAAAAAACAUUAAAAUGUUGUCUGUUAUUGUAUAAUGAAGUAAAUGGUUUAGCAUUUCCAUAUAGUUUAUUGCAAAAGUAUUGUUUGUAUCCUAUUUAUACAUAUAUGGAAGUGUGGGCCUGUGUGUGCAAAUUUGUAUUAAACAAUUCAUGAUUUGUA